GAAAUCCACAACUUCCACUGUCUGCAACAAGAGCGCACGUCAUCAGAUAGUGAACGAAUGAAACGUUUUCAAUUUAUAAAAAAACAGCACACCGCCGUUUACUAGCAGUAUUUAGAGAUAGUAUGAGGUUGUGAUUGUAAUACACAGCGGUGAACGUCGUUAGGAAACGAUUUGAUGGCGAAAGAGUCGUUGCCAUCAGAGGAUGCCGGGCUGCGUACUGGUGCCGCUUCGGAGGUUGCGGACUCGGCCCUGGCUGAAGACGCGCAGCCUCUCGAUUCUCCGGGAAAACACGCCGUGUCCGUUCUGUGGUCUUUCUUUAAAUGUCUCGGUGCCUUACUGGUGAUCUACUUGGCUGGGUAUUUCGGAAUCAGCCUCAGUUUAGUUUUGCUCUGUCUUGUAGUUUACACGGGAUGGAAGCACAGCCGCGAUGGAAAGAAAGCGCGAUUGCAGAGCGCGAUGUAUUUUUUGGAGAAUGAGGAGGAUGUUACAACCACACGGGUGUUUAGAAGUAAACGGGAGAUACCUGCAUGGGUGAACUUCCCAGACGUGGAAAAGGUUGAUUGGAUGAACAAGAUAUUACAGCAGGCCUGGCCGUUCAUUGGACAGUAUCUGGAGAAGCUGCUGGUGGAGACCAUUGCUCCGUCAAUCCGAUCUGCCAGCCCUCAUCUACAAACUCUCAGUUUCACCAAAGUUGACUUGGGAGACAGGGCCAUUGAGGUAGCUGGGGUAAAGGCCUACACUGAGCAUGACAAGCGUCAAGUGAUACUUGAUCUUUAUAUCAGUUAUGCUGGAGAUGUAGAGAUUGAUGUUGAGGUGAAGAGGUACUUCUGUAAAGCCGGGGUGAAGGGCAUUCAGCUCCAUGGAAAGUUGAGGGUGAUCCUGGAACCUCUCAUUGGAGAUAUUCCUCUCGUUGGAGCUGUCACCAUGUUCUUCAUUCGCAGACCUAAACUUGACAUCAACUGGACCGGCUUGACCAAUUUAUUAGACAUACCCGGUCUGAAUGUAAUGUCGGACACAAUGAUAAUGGAUGCAAUCGCCUCUUUCCUGGUUCUUCCAAAUCGUCUCACUGUGCCUUUGGUGGCCAACCUUCACGUAGCACAGCUUCGUUCCCCUCUUCCACGGGGUAUAGUGCGUAUCCAUCUGUUGGAGGCAGAAAACCUGGCUUCCAAGGAUAAUUACGUGAAAGGCGUUAUAUCUGGAAAGUCUGACCCGUAUGCCGUGCUCCGGGUUGGCACGCAGACCUUCACCUCUCACCAUGUGGACAACAACCUAAAUCCUCAGUGGAGAGAGAUGUACGAGAUCAUCGUUCAUGAAGUACCUGGUCAGGAGUUGGAGCUGGAGGUGUUUGAUAAAGACCCUGAUAAAGAUGACUUUCUCGGAAGAAUGAAGUUAGAUUUAGGUAUUGUUAAGAAAGCAGUAGUUCUGGAUGAGUGGUACACUCUGAAGGAUGCAACAUCCGGUCAGGUUCACCUCAGGCUUGAAUGGCUCUCUCUACUGCCCUCUGCAGACCGCCUGACUGAGGUGCUGCAAAGGAAUCAACAAAUCACAGUAACCGGUAAAACAGCAGAUCCUCCCUCUGCUGCCAUUUUGACUGUUUAUCUGGACCGGGCCCAAGAUCUACCUUUCAGAAAAGGUAAUAAGGACCCCAGCCCUGUGGUGCAGAUUUCUGUUCAGGAAACAACCAAAGAAAGCAGGACGGCCCAUGGAACCAAUAAUCCAGUGUGGGAGGAGGCCUUCACAUUUUUUAUAAAGGACCCACGCAAACAAGACAUCGACAUCCAGGUGAAAGAUGAUGACAAGACCAUGACGCUGGGCAAUCUGACCAUCCCGUUUUCCCGUCUGCUCUCCUGCCCGGAGCUGAGCAUGGAUCAGUGGUUUCAGUUGGACAGCUCCGGAACGGCCAGCCGGAUCUACCUUACAGCUUUGCUGAGGGUGUUGUGGUUGAAUGAAGACGCUAUCCCCACCUCACCUGUGUCUCCAUUGCCGGGAGAAGGGGAUAUUAAAUCAGUGGUGUCUCCUGGAACAAUUGUGUCCCCCACUUUUAAACGUCCAGAUCAAACCAGUCCAGACAGCGGCUUUGCAUCUGAGGGUGUGCUGCGAAUCCACUUGGCAGAAGCUGAGAAUCUCAUUGCGAAGGACAAUUUAAUGGGUGGCAUGAUGAAGGGAAAGAGUGACCCGUAUGUGAAGAUCCGAGUGGGAGGAGUGGCCUUUAAGAGUCAGGUCAUCAAAGAAAACCUCAACCCCGUCUGGAACGAACUUUAUGAGGUGAUCCUGACACAGCUCCCGGGCCAAGAGGUGGAGUUUGACCUGUAUGAUAAAGACAUUGAUCAGGAUGAUUUUCUGGGCAGAGUCAAAAUGAGCCUAAAAGACCUCAUCAGUUCUCAGUUCACAGAUCAGUGGUAUAAUCUGAAUGAUGUGAAGUCUGGACGGCUUCAUCUGGUGAUGGAAUGGGUGCCUAAGGUGUCAGAUUCCAUUAGACUUGAGAAGAUCAUGCACUACAACUCUCUGCAGUCCUACCAGAAUAAAAUUGUUCCAUCUGUCGCACUUCUGUUUGUGCACAUUGAGAGAGCACACGGUCUUCCUUUAAAGAAGAGCGGAAAAGAGCCGAAAGCCGGAGCUGAACUUUCAAUCAAAAACGUAUCCUACCGCACUAAAAUUGCCAAUCGCUCGACUUCUCCGCAAUGGGAUGAGGCUUUUCACUUCCUGAUUCAUGAUCCAAAAGAAGACACACUCAUAGUCAAACUCUCUCACAGCUGGGGUCAGCCUCUGGGGGCUCUCGUGCUUCCCGUCAGGGAGCUAUUGGAUGAGAAGGAUCUAGUCUUGGACCACUGGUUCACACUGGAUGGAGCCAUGCCUGAAAGUGAGAUUCUGCUAAGAGCUGAACUUAAGCUCUUAGACAGCAAGCUGGCACAGUGUAGUGACAUCACAACCACUGCAGAAGAAGCGACUGACAUCAUUCCCAGCGGAGAUGCGGCUGCUGAAACCAAUCGUGAACUGCGACACAGAAAUCUGCCCGGAAGCGAAGAUGCUGCUGUGAGUGGGAAUGCCCAGGUGAAGCUCUCCGUCGCUUAUUCAUCUGACGAGAACAGAUUGGUGAUCAACAUCCAUGCCUGCAGGAACUUGCCAUCCUUCUCCAAGGAUCCUCCAGAUACUUACGUCUCGUUUAUUCUUCUUCCGGAUAAAAACCGGACCACCAAAAAGAAGACCAGUGUUAAGAAGAGAAAUCUCAACCCGGAGAUCAAUGAGAGAUUUGAUUUUGACAUGUCCCUUGAUGAGGCUAAACAGAGAUGCAUCGAACUCUCUGUCAAAAACAGUGUUUCCUUUAUGAGUCGUGAGAAAGAGCUUAUUGGCAAGCUUCAAAUAGGCCUGAAUCAACUAGAUCUCAAAGCAGGAUUGACACAGUGGUAUGACUUGUCAAAUGAGAUCAACUGAAUGGGACUUCCCAUGUUGACUUAAAGAUCUGUUAACAAUCAUUUGAAGAGAAAGUUCUCUAACUUUACAGAGGUUUACUUACCCUGACGCUAGCAGGGGCUAUAGUGUUCCAAAAGCAGAGUGACCUUUGUGCCUGGAUUGCAUCGUGGGAUAGCUGUGCCUUGCUGGAUUCCCAUUAUAAACAAAUGAUGUUAGCACUUAAAAGCACCUUGAGUUUUUUUAUGUAUUUACCUUUUAUGCUUUAUCCUUUUAGGUUACGCUUUGUGAUCCUGUAGGAUCAGGUUGUUACAGUUGUUACUUUAUGGGUCAUUGAAAAUGUGACAAUGGAAAGUUGGUGCUUCGGUCCUGCUCAGCAUUUAUUGUGUUUUGUUUUAACAUUUCAACGAGAAUGAAUUCUAUACUUGUUUAGUCCAAGUCCACAACAUCAGUAUUCUGUGCUUUUUUUAAGGAAGUCUAUAAAGAAACCUAAAUCAAAGGAUACAUUUUUUAGUAUUUUAGAGUCUUAUUUUAUUACAUGUUUCCCAAAGAUAAAAGAAGUAUUUUAUAAUGUAUGUUUGAACAAGCAUAGCAGCAUGAAUAUUUUAGUUGCAAGUCUCGGAGGGAAAGCCGUCCACGCAAAAAUGUUACAAAAUACUUGAGAUGUGUUCUUGUAGGAAAGUAUGAGUAGACAAAAGACAAGGACACAGAGACAAUGAAAUGUAGUUCUUCUGCACCAUCACUCAGAGCUUGUAUUACAGUUGUAAUAAAUAUGCCAUUUGCACUUUU